UCAACCGAAGGACUAAUGAAACCCAAUCGAACAACAAACAAAGAACAAACGAAGAACAAACGAACGAACAAAAAACAAACGCAGAUCGAACGAAGGACUAAUGAAGAACAAACGGAAAACAAACGAACAAGAAAUGAAGAACAACCGAGGAACGCAUUAAGAAUGAACAAAGAACAAACAAAGAACAAAUAAAGAACAAACGAAGAACAAACUAAGAUCGAACGAAGAAAAAAAAGCACAAAGCACAAACGAAGAAUAACCGACGACCAAAUGAAGAAUAAAUAAAGAACAAACGAAGAACAAACAAAGAACAACCGAAAAUCAACCGAAGGACUAAUGAAACCUCAACGAACAACAAACAAAGAACAAACGAAGAAUAACCGAAGAACAAGUGAAGAAUGAACGAAGAACAAAGGCAGAUCGAACGAAGGACUUAUGAAGAGCAAACGGAGAUCAAACAAAUAACAAAAGAAGAACAAUCGAGGAACGCAUUAAGAAUGAACAAAGAACAAACGAAGAACAAAUCCAGGGAUUCCUCCAGGAGUUUUUCCAGGGAUUCCUCCAGGGAUUCCUCCAGGAAUUCCUCCAGGGAUUCCUCCUGUAAUUCUUCCAGGGAUUCCUCCAGUAGUUCCUCUAGGGAUUCCUCCAGGAAUUCCUCCAGGGAGUCCUCCAGGGAUUCCUCCAGGAAUUCUUCCAGGGAUUCCUCCAGGGAUUCCUCCAGUAAUUCCUCUAGGGAUUCCUCCAGGAAUUCCUCCAGGGGUUCCUCCAGGAAUUCCUCCAGGGAUUCCUCCAGGAAUUCCUCCAGGGAUUCCUCCAGGAAUUCC